CACCAUAGCAUCCAAACACCCGAGUGGAAGGAUUUUCUUUUUGUCUUCGAGCGGGAACCAAACAAACUCAUCAAGAUGGCAAGGCUCGUACUUGGAAUCAUUGCAGUUGUUGCAUCUUUCAUGCUGGCGGAUUCCCUGAUCUGUAACAAAUGCUCCUAUGGUCUGGUGGGCUUCUGCCUUAGCAACUCUGAAAUUAACUGUACGACCAACACCAGCAGAUGCUUUACUGGAAAAGUUUCCUUCACAUCACUGAGCAGUAUAGGCUUCAACACCCAGGGGUGCAUCGAGUCCACUGGCUGCACCGACACCACCAACUCCACCCUGAUAGGACUCUCAUACCAGUCCACAAUCACCUGUUGCUCAACAGACAAGUGCAACCCCACCACGGUCAGCGGCGCCCCAUCCAAUAAGAUGACCUUCACCGCCGCCAUUGGUGUCGCCGUCCUGGCCUCCAUGUUGGGAAGCAUCUUGUAGUAUGAUGCAAAGCCAGAAAAACAGCUGCAGCCAGCUACUCGUGAAAUCCAUAUGUAUUACGAUAAAUCACACCAAGCGGGGUUUUUACAUGACCCAAAUCUUUCUCUAAAAUAAACUCUUUGGAUAAGACUGUGACAGUCUGUAUGCUCAUAUUCUGUGAUAUAAAACCCAAAAACUAAGGCAUCCACAUCAUGGAAGUUUAUCAAUGGGAUGUUUCAAGGAAACAUUGAGCUCGUAAAUCUUUAAAGAUGUUGUUAUGUUUUCUUUAUUAGUUUUAUUUAAUCAUCUUUUUAACUACUUUGUGUCUUACUGGACAUUGAUAUGAAAAUAAAGAAAAUGAUCUGUUUGCUCUA